GCGGCGCGGCCAUGGCGGAGCGGGACGGGCCCGGCGGCGCCGGGCGGGCGGCGGGCGGCGGGAAGAUGGCCCUGCACAGGUGUGAAACCUGCAGCAAAGAAGAAGCUAAGUACAGAUGUCCACGAUGCAUGAAAUAUUCGUGCAGCCUAUUGUGUGUAAAGAAACAUAAGCUUGCACUGAGCUGUAACGGAGUCAGGGAUAAAACAGCAUUUAUCUCAGUAAAUGAAUUUACUGACUUGAACCUUUUGAGUGAUUAUCGUUUCCUGGAAGAUGUAGGAAGGACAGCUGAUGCUGCUGCUCGACAUUGUAUGGUGCAUAGUCCAGCAACAAAAAGACUUUUGUACUGCUUGAGGAACAAAGCUCGAGGGUGUAAUAUUGAGCUAAAGACACUGCCUGUUGGAUUUACAAAAAGAAGAGAAAAUUCCACCACCUUCAAUUUCAUGGAGAACAAGUUCUACUGGCAUUUGAAGCUCGUAUUUCCUCACUGUCAUGCUGAAUACACUUUAAAAGGGGUGCCUGAUGAUAAAACACUUGCUGAUAUCCUCAAGCCAUACAUUGAUCCAGUGGAGUCAGAUCCUGUAGUUUGUCAAAGAUUAAAAAUCUAUACAGCAUCUCCUCAGUCAGAUGUACGAAUUUUAAUGAAAAUAGAAAACAGGAGCCGAAACUCUAUCAGGUACAAUGAACUGGAUGCCAGUAGAAGCCUUCUAGACAAUCUGAAAGGCAAAGUAAUAAUUGAGUAUCCAACAUUAUUUGUGGUCUUGAAAACAUUGAAGAAUGACAUGGUGGUCCUUGGCCAAGAUGACAGUGAACCUGCAGAGAACUCAGACAGUGAAAGCUCAUCCCUUUCAUCUGUGGAAGAAGGGGAGAUUCGGGACAAUUCAUGACAGUUCUUUGAGAGAAGAGGGUGCAAUGAGCUUUUAUUUUUUUAAUUAUUUAAUUAAAUUUUUUUUAUACUACUAAGCA